AUGCACUUCGCGCCGUACUUCAACUUCUCAUCACUGCUGGGGGAUGCCGCCACCACUCCCCCCACCGUCAUAGCUGGGGCGGACGUGGCCGAUGACAAGGCCCUAUUCAAGGACCGUAUCAUGCCGCUCGCACAGGUACACAGCUCGAAACAGCGUGACGACCGCGAUUGGUCAGUGGAGGUUCUGUUGGACUACACGUUGGACGUCUUCAACGUGCCCCUGGGCGCGAAGCGAUACAUCAAGGACCACUUCGACGCGCACACGGUGGACGAGAUCGCCGAAGGCUUCGCGGUAUGGGUCUCCACGUGCGCCACGCUGAAGGUGGCCAAGGCGGUGGACGAGGGCUUCCACUACCGAUUCGAGUCGGCCGUGGCCAGCGGGCAGCUGCGUCCGCCACUGGGCAUCGAUCAGGUGGCGCAAUUCGCAGCAAACGGCACGGUGCCACUGUUGGCUGAUGAGAGUCCGUGGCCUCCCCUCGUGAACAUGUCCAAGACACGAGCGGUCAGCGACAGCGGCCAGGAGAAUAUGAGAGACUACAACAGUCUGUGCGCAAUAAUCUGA